AUGAGGGGAUUUAAUAACCCCCUGAAGCAAAAGCAAGUUUUUGCAAGACUAGGCAAGCUUAAUGUAGACAUUAUCUGCCUUAUGGAAACUCGAGUGAGGACUAUUAAUGUGUGCAAGCUGGUUGAAUGUUAUUCUUUGGACUGGGAUUGUUUUACAAAUCAUGAAUGUUCUGACAAUGGUAGGCUGUGGAUUUUCUGGAGGAAAGAUCUUACCUUCUCAGUCUUGAAAGUCUUUGACCAGUCUUUGUCUUUUGUUGGUGAGAUUGGUGGCCAUAGAUGUGUCAUAACUGUAGUCUAUGGCAGCAACAGUGGUUCUGAUAGACUGCACCUCUGGAGGCAGUUGGAAGAUGUGAAAAGCUUGGUGGGGGGUCCCCUCUACACAUGGUCUAAUAAACAAGAAGAGAGUUUUUUGGCACGCAAGUUGGAUCGAGUCCUUAUUAACUCUCGGUGGCUUGAAGAUUUCCUAAAUUCUUUUGUUGAGUUUAUAAUACAGGGGGUCUCUGAUCAUUGCCCUACUAGUGUUGUUAAAGAGUCUUGGAAUCUAGAAGUGUCUGGCUCCCCUAUGUUCUACCUUUUUGCUAAGCUGAAAAGGCUCAAGUUGAGACUUAGGGAGUUCAACAAAAGCCAUUUUGAUGAUAUUUCAAGCAGGGUAAAGGCCAAAAGAGCCCAGAUUGAGCAGAUGCAGCUUGCAAAUCUUUCACAAGCUGGUUGUCAUUUAGAAGAGGGGAAGAUUAUUUUUAAUGAACUUCAAGAGGUUGAGCUGGUUGAAGCUUCUUUCUAUAAGCAAAAAGCCAAAGUCCAUUGGUUGAAAGAGGGAGACAGAAAUACAAAAUUUUUUUACUCUACUGUAAUGAGGAAAAGAAAGAGAAACAUUGUUAGAUUACUCUAUAUUGAGGAUGGUUCUCGGUUGGACUCAUUUGAUGAUAUGUCUGCUGAGAUGUUGAGAUUUUACACUGACUUUCUUGGUUUUGAAGAUGCUGGGGUUAAAAGUUGUGGUGUUGAUCUUCUCAAAGGUUUGUUGGGGUAUGAGCUUCCUUGUGAUGAUGCUGUUUUAUUAGUCAAUGAGGUCUCUAAUGAAGAAAUUAAAGCUUCUAUGUUCAGGCAACGUAAUGAAAUGAGCCCUGGGUCAGAUGGAUAUACAUCAUAUUUUUUUAAGAUGGCUUGGGAUAUUGUGUAUGAAGAUUUCCUGGCUGCUAUUAGAGAUUUUUUUUCAGUCUGGAACUCUGCUUCCUGCUUUCAAUUCUACAAUAAUUGCCUUGGUGCCUAA